GUGGGGGUUCUGGAAGAAAGAGACGCAGCUGACACAGCCGAGCGGAUCUUCGACAACCGAUGGGAUUUCUUCAAUAACCAUUCUGUUUCCUGUACAUUUAAGACGAGGAGUAGCGGAUAUCAGGACGUUCUCUCAUUGACAUAUAUUUUUUGUUUUUGCACUGCUUAGGUUCCUAGACUUUACAUCCCUACAACUAGACACAGAGACGCAUCGUCCGGAGCGACGAACAGACAGACACCAUGCCUUUCGAUACCAAGCUCACUCGUGCCCUGGGCAUCAGAGUCCCCGUUGUCCAAGGUGGCAUGCAAUGGGUCGGCUACGCUGAGAUGGCCGCCGCCGUCUCCAACGCCGGCGGUCUCGGCCUCCUCACAGCUCUCACGCAACCCACACCCGAAGACCUACGCAAAGAGAUCCGCCGCUGCAGGACCAUGACCAAAUACCCCUUCGGCGUGAACAUCACCCUCCUCCCCGCCAUGGUUCCCCCGGACUACGGCGCAUACGCCCAGGUCGUCAUCGACGAGGGCAUCAAGAUCGUCGAGACCGCCGGCAACAGCCCCGGUCCCGUCAUCAAGCAGCUCAAGGCCGUCGGCACCAUCAUCCUGCAUAAGUGCACCACCAUCCGCCACGCCGAGAGCGCCGUCAAGCUCGGCGUCGACUUCCUCUCCAUCGAUGGCUUCGAGUGCGCCGGCCACGUCGGCGAGAGCGAUCUCACCAACUUCAUCCUCCUGAGCCGCGCGCGCCAGACCCUGACGGUCCCGUUCAUCGCCUCUGGUGGAUUCGCCGACGGCUACGGCUUGGCUGCGGCGCUCAGCUUGGGCGCUGAGGGUAUCAACAUGGGUACCCGCUUCAUGAGCACCGUCGAGGCGCCCAUCCACAACAAUGUCAAGGAGCAGAUCUGCAAGGCGUCCGAGCACGACACCCAGCUUGUGCUGCGCAGAUGGAAGAACACCAGCAGACUGUACAAGAACAAGGCGGCUGUUGAGGCGUUCAAGAUUGAGUCGACCAGCACAACGGGCAAGUUUGAGGAGGUCGCACCGUGGGUGUCGGGUAAGAGGGGAAGACAGGUGUUCAUCAACGGUGAUGUUGAUUUCGGAGUGUGGACUGCCGGACAGGUGAUUGGUCUUAUUCAUGAUAUCCCUACGUGCGAGGUUCUGUUGAGGAGAAUCGAGAAAGAGGCGGAGGAGACGAUCAACAGGGCAUCGUCGCUGAUUGUUGCCAGCCCCAAGUUGUAGAGGGUUUGUAUAUGAUAGAUAUGAUUUAUUUACAGCCGAUAUAGAAGAGAUGUACAGCG